AUAAUUAAAACUUAAUAAUUAAAACUUAAUAAUUAAAACUUAACUAGUCUACUAUUCAAUAAUUAAGAAGAAUUUUCAGAUUAAAAUACACCACCAGCCUCCUGUACUCCCUUGACCACUUGAAUUUCCUUGACCCCCUUGACUGCGUGGACUUCCUCGACUCCCUUGACCACGUAGAUUUCCUUGACCCUCUUGACUGCAUGAAUUUUCUUGACCCCCUUGACUGCGUGGACUUCCUUGACUCCCUUGACCACGUAGAUUUCCUUGACCCUCUUGACUGCGCGAAUUUUCUUGACCCCCUUGACUGCGUUUUUCUUGACCCCCUUGACUGUGUUUUUCUUGACCCCCUUGACUGCGUGGAUUUCCUUGACUCCCUUGACCACGUAGAUUUCCUUGACCCUCUUGACUACGUGAAUUUUCUUGACCCCCUUGACUGCGUGGAUUUCCUUGACUCCCUUGACCACGUAGAUUUCCUUGACCCUCUUGACUACGUGAAUUUUCUUGACCCCCUUGACUGCGUGAAUUUCCUUGACCACCUUGACUGCGUAGAUUUCCUUGACCCCCUUGACUACGUGGAUUUCUUUCAUAAAACCUUUUACCAAACAUAUUUACAACUAAGUCCUUCAAGAAAGGCUGUGCCCUUUCACUGCACUGAGCAAUACAUGAUACCCACAAUGGAUUUAGCCAGUUCUUUUGAAACAAAAGAUCAACAUCUCCAUUAUCUCCAAUCCCAGCAAUACAAUAUAGUAUUUUAUCAAAAGUAUCACUUUCAACACAAUCAGAAAUGCGAGAGGACAUGUCUGAUUGGAAAUCAAUCAUAUUUCUUUUUACAGCUGCUUUCUUCUCUGCUACUGACGCAUUCCUUAGUGAAUGCAGACCAAUAAACUGGUUUGUAAACG